GGUUUAGCGGGUGCAUGAAAUCGCUUUUGGCCUUUAUGAGGAUGGGCUGAGCAGUGAGAACUCCAGUUGUGAACUAUGUGAGCAAGAGCCGGACACAAACUCCAACACCUGGUUUGAAUUAGACUUAGUUGUGCACCAGAUUGCAAAACAUCUGUCAUGGCUGAGGAACCAACAUGCCUGACCAACGAGGAGGCAGUUGCUUGCUGCGCUAACCCAGAUGAAUCCACAAAGGACUUCAUCUUCCAGCAAACAAUGUUUCGCAUUAAAGACCCUAAAGCCUCGUUGGACUUUUACACUAGAGUACUGGGUAUGCGACUAUUAAAAAAGCUCGAUUUUCCAUCCAUGAAAUUUUCCUUGUAUUUUAUGGGAUUUGAACCGGCUGAAAACAUACCACAAAAUGAAGACGAGAGAACAACAUGGUGCUUUUCCCAAAAGGCAACUUUGGAGCUCACACACAAUUGGGGUACAGAAUCUGAUCCUAAGUUCACAGGAUAUCACAAUGGAAAUUCAGAGCCAAGAGGUUUUGGCCAUAUUGGGAUCAUGGUUCCCGAUGUUGGAAAAGCAUGUGAAAGAUUCCAGUUACUUGGAACAAAAUUUGUGAAGAAACCUGAUGAGGGUAAAAUGAAGAAUAUUGCAUUUAUUCAAGACCCUGAUGGUUAUUGGAUUGAAAUUCUGAAUGCUGGCAACAUGGCACAAAUAAAACCUGUAUAAGUAUACAUUUGUUGUAUUAUGCAGCUGUUUGUGCAGCAGAUUUAAGAAAGUAUUGAAAAGCAAUUGUAUUAAACAAAAAUUAAGAUUGAUAAAAUAAAAUGUAUUAUCACAAA